AUGUCAGAUAGGAAUAUCAACUUUAAACGUUCUCAGAGAGACCCUAGAAACACAGAAGAAUUCUUGGAACCAAACAAAAGCUUACCUCUUAAGAGGGGAAUAUCUGCCAAGAACAGUCUCGGUCAAGAACUAUUUUCAGAAUUUCUGAACACUGAGAAUAAGAAGAAGAAAUAGUUCAAAUUUAAAAAUGAACAAAGAAGAGAAGAAGAAAAACUCGAAGUCUAAGAAUAUUGGAAUGACUAACUCAGAAUCAUCAGACCUUGAAAUUGAUAAUGAGAGCCAAGAGUAUGCAAAGAAAGAACUAGAAGGAAACCAAGAUGCUCUGUCACAAAUUCAUCCAGAAAUAUGGAAUAAUAUCCCAUAUCCGAUUGUAGAUGGGAUAAAAGCUCUUAUACGACAUAUAAGAAAGCAAGAUAGCCUCAUUGAAGAGCAAGAGGAGAAGCAUAAUGAACUUGUAGAGAAACAAAAAUUUCAUGUUCACAGAUUAAGUCAGGAAAUCGACAAAAUUGAGAACAUUGCUCAUGACAAAGUAGCUAGAAUUGAGAGGAACUUCACUCAAGCUUUCAAUGAAAUCCGAAAAGGUCAUGAGAAUAAGAAUAGUGGAUUGAUUCAGAAGAUCGACAAAGCAGCUGUAUUGAUUAACAAUGUAAAAGCAACUAUCCAUCGUAUGAAUCUCAAACUUGAAAAAUGUGAGGAAAGUGACAUGGAAAGGGCUUGGACCCUGGCCAAAAUUGAUGAAUCUCGCUACAAACUUCAAGAUUUUGUCGACUUCGAGUUAGAUAAUAUAAAAUAAAGAGGUCAGGAAGAUUCUUCAGGAAGAAAAGAAAAUCCCUGGAUUCAUAGGAGAGGGAGAGAAAUAUCCCACUGCAGAGAAAUACUAUCAAACCAUUGAGGAGAGAUUUAAUAACCACUACCAAAGAUUCUUGGAGGUGGAUGAUGACAUCUUCAAAAUUAUCGAGACUGACCUUCCUUCCAUCCAUGAAGAUAUUAAGACUAUUCGAGGUGUUGCUCGAAAACAAGAAGAAGAAAUACAAUCAAAAAUUGGUAAAAAGGAGAACAAAGAGCAAGAACUUCUGUUCCAAAAUAAAAUAGAAGGAAUGAAAAAUCAUAUAUCAAUGCAAGAAUCCAAAGUAGGUAAGGAAAUCAAGGAGAUCACCAAGAAAGCAGAUCAAUUUACUAGCAAAAGUGAGAUUAAGCUAAACCAGAUGCAGAACAAAUUGACUGAUCUACUUGACUAUGAUUACCCUGAUACUAAGGCUGAAAUGGAGGAAAUUAAAGAAACUUUUCAAAAAUUGCAAGUUAAAAUAGCUGAUUUCUCACAAGCCCAAAGAAGAGGCUCACUGCUUCGGAAAUAAAACAACCCUAAUAUCAAAAUUAUCUAAGGAAGAGACACAAAAAAUUCCAGAACAGCCUGAGAUGGAAAACAAAUUUGAUAGUGCAGAGAAAAAGGCUAAUACCUUUAAAGAACCAGACAAAGUCUUAAAGGAAGAAUCAAAAUCGAUCCACAAUGACUCUUUCUCAGAAGCUACCAGUAGUCUUGAAGAUACAGAUGAGAUGCUUGAGGAGCAGUUCAAUGCAAAGUUUGAGCCCCUCCAGAAGGCAAUUGAAGAUCUCAAUGAACAGAAUACAGAUCUGAGAAAACAGUUAGAUCAAAUGACUCAGAAGGCUAAAGAAGAGGAAGCUGACAACCAUAAGACAGAACUAAUCAACAUUGAUUUAAAGAACAUUCGAAAAUGGUGAAUGGAGUUAGAAUCUAAGGUAGAUACUUCAGACACACAAAUUUCAAAUGCUACGAAAAGACUUGACAAAUACGGUGAAUCCUUAAAUUAUUUCAAAGGAACAAUAAGGGAUACUCAGGCUUUACAGGCAGAAAUAACUGGCGUUAAAGACCAACUAUUAAAAAGAAUGAGAGAUGCCAGGGCUAAUCCAAACACAAGGAAAGAGAUGACUAACUCAGUGAAAGAAAAUAUUCAGAAAUUUACUUCUAAGAAAUCCUAUUGGGGAUCAAACGAGAGAAAGGAAGAAUCUUCAAAAGUGGAUAGAAGGGCUCUUUCCAAAUCUGUUAAGGGCACCUUCAAGCCAAAACCUGCAAGUACCAAAACUUCUCUUGAAAGAGUGAAUAAAGUUGACCUCGGAAAGAAGAUUGUUACCAAUGCUAAGAAGCUAAGUACUAUGAUGAAAAAUAAUUACAUUGGCUCAAUUCCAGAAGCAUCUAAAACAAUGGUUAAAUUAUCUCAAGAAGCUGUAAAGAUGCCAAAUCUGAGUUCUUUCAAGCCUCUGAACUUGAACCACAAAGAGUUGAAAGAUCCAAGAAUGUUUUACCAAAAUGAGCAGAAGCUAAAUGAAAGUGUUCAAGAUACAAACCAGACAAAAUCAGCAAUGAUAUUCCACAGAAGAAGCUCUAGCACAAGUUCUCACCUUAUGGAUUCGGAGAGAAGCAGGAUUAGCCAGAAAGGGAAUGUUAUGAAGAAACAUCUGAACUUAGAUUUGACUAAUCCAAUAAAUUCUCAGCCUGUGACGAAAGAUAAACGUAAAGUUUCCCCAAACAGACUGAUUCCCCUAAAAGUAGACUACGAGGACAUAGACAAUUUAGCUAAUGUAAAGAAGCGAGAGAGUUUAAUGAACAUCAAGCCUGACAAGAAAUUGCCACAUUUGUAAUGGAAAGAAUACUCUAAUCAGAGCUAUCUUUAGAAUCAACAAAAGUGUUAAAUAUAACGAA